CCAAAGUCUCCGCAUCAGUCUCUCAUUAUCAGCGACAUGCCCAUUCUUCCAGACUCGCUCGCCGAUGCCUCAAUAGACACUCAAGACAAUCGCUCACUCAUCAUGUCAAGCCUUAAGAAGGCACGUGAUGCUAUGGACGAGCUGUGUCAAGCUCCCACGUUUGAACCCUCUCUCAUGACGGACGAUGACGAAUUGACGAGAGAGUUGGGCAGGGUUCAAAACAGUACGAACGAGCUUUCACAACGUCUCCGCCCUCACAUGCGUCGUCGUGAUCUCCCCGAAUUCCACUCAUAUACGUGCACCGUACGAUUAGCUUCGAGAGAAUUGAAGUCAAUUUUGGACUCCGUAAAGAUUCCCUUGUCCGAUCCCCCCGACUUUGAAGCGGCAGCGCGAGUGAUCAGAGAGGCCGAACCUGCACUUGAGUACGUACGGGGGACUUUGAGCACAGGGUGGCCUGGGGAGAGAAGCAGGACGUCGACACCACAUCUAUACCGGUCAAUCUGCUCUUGCAAGAGGAAGGAGCAAAUCGAUGAAACGACGAUGAGAACCACUGGGGAAAUGAUGCGUGGUGUUCUCUCGAUGUUGGAAGACACAGAUCUUCGGAGCCUCAGGCAGCAAAUGGGGCUGAGCAAUGAAUCUGCUGACACUGACUCACCAGUAUCUGCGUGAAAAAAGUGUCCCAGUGGAUGUGAUCGAGCCCUGGGAACAGGAGCCAGACGCAGAUAAUUGCCAAGUUGAUGCAUGGAAUGCCUACAGACGCAAAUCUUCAGCUCUCUCCAGAGUUAAUCCCAUCCUGAUCGCACUUGUGUCUAUGUGCCAGGUAUUUUCUCGCUGACGGACAGGUUCAGACGGACAAGGUUGGACGACUCGAAGAUGUGUCCAUCCUCGCGUACUUCACCACGAAACAAGUGGUCGAUAGAUCGGAUCAAUGUCAAUGCUUCCGGAGUCAUCUGAUGAGAUGUCAGCGACUCUAG